UAUUUAUUUUGACGUCACAAGCAUUAGACAAUCGAGACCAAUUCCUGUCUAUUCACUCCCGACAAAGCAUGUGCUAAUAUCCCGCCAGAAAAAAGUGAAAUAACUCGAAUAUUUAUCAUGCCUUCCGACUCCAAAAAGAAAAGGGAACAGAAAAAGAAAGAUGCAGCAAAGAAAAGAACUAGCACCAAACCUGCCAAGAAUGAAGAAACAGAAAAUGGCGUCAACGGUGCUUCAGCUAAUGAAGUUGAUGAGGUUACUGACCUCUUGAAUGAUGUUGGCCUCGACCUUGCUGCCAAACACAGAUCUUGUACAGGAGUGUUGGGGUCGCACCCCGACAGCCGAGAUGUUCAUAUCGAGACGCUGUCUAUUGCCUUCCAUGGUGCGGAGCUGCUUCACGACACACGGCUGGAGCUGAACGUGGGCAGGAGAUACGGCCUCAUCGGCUUGAAUGGCUGUGGAAAAUCCACACUGCUGAAGGUUUUGGAAACGAAAGAGGUCCCUGUUCCGGACCACGUAGAUAUAUUUCUGCUGCGGCGCGAGAUGGCUCCGAGUGAGAAGACUGCGAUACAGGCUGUGAUUGACGUCGAUGCUGAACGUGUCAAACUGGAAAAAGAGGCUGAGAUACUCGGCUCCCGGGAUGAUCCAGAAUCUCAUGAGCGUCUGAUGGACGUGUUUGAACAUCUUGAAGAAAUGGACGCAGAUAAGGCUGAAGCUAAAGCUGGUUUCAUCCUCAAUGGUUUGGGAUUCACCAAAGAAAUGCAGUACCAAAAGGUGAAGAAUUUCUCUGGUGGCUGGAGAAUGCGUAUCGCUCUUGCCAGGGCUCUGUACAUCAAACCCGCACUGUUACUUCUCGACGAACCGACCAAUCAUCUGGAUCUGAAUGCAUGCGUCUGGCUGGAAGAAGAACUGAAAACGUACAAGAGAAUUUUGGUGAUCAUUUCUCAUUCACAAGAUUUUUUAAAUGGUGUCUGCACAAAUAUCAUCCACAUGCAUUUGAAGCAACUCAAAUACUAUGGUGGUAAUUACGAUUCAUUUGUUCAAACUCGAAUGGAGUUGGAAGAGAACCAGAUGAAGCGAUACAAGUGGGAACAAGAUCAGAUAUCUCACAUGAAGGACUACAUUGCACGGUUUGGUCACGGUAGUGCUAAACUUGCCAGACAAGCACAGAGUAAGGAGAAGACUCUGAAGAAAAUGGUCGACGGUGGUUUGACAGAGCGAGUUUCUUCCGACAAGCUUCUGUCAUUUUACUUUCCCUCGUGUGAUCCUAUUCCUCCUCCAGUGAUCAUGGUUGAAGAUGUCAGCUUCAAAUACGGUCCUGACAAGCCAUACAUCUACAAGAAUCUGGACUUUGGAGUAGAUCUGGAUACCCGUGUAGCUCUUGUCGGGCCCAAUGGAGCUGGAAAAUCUACUCUUCUGAAGCUGAUCACUGGCGAGUUGCACCCAACUGAUGGACUUAUUCGCAGACAUUCACAUUUGAAGAUUGGAAGAUAUCAUCAGCAUUUACAAGAUCAACUGGAUCUGGAGGUGUCUGCCCUUGACUACAUGAUGAAGUGUUACCCGGAAAUAAAGGAGCGUGAAGAGAUGAGGCGGAUUAUCGGUCGUUACGGUCUCAGUGGAUUACAGCAGACAUGUCCGAUUAAAAAUCUGUCUGAUGGUCAGCGGUGUCGUGUUACAUUUGCCUGGCUAGCCUGGCAGUGCCCACAUCUUCUGUUACUUGACGAACCUACCAAUCACUUGGAUAUCGAAACAAUCGACUCUCUGGCAGAAGCCAUCAAUGACUUUAAAGGAGGACUUCUACUCGUUAGUCACGACUUCAGACUUAUAUCACAGGUCACAGAAGAAAUUUGGAUAUGUGAGAAACAGACUGUAACAAAAUGGAACAAAGACAUUUUUGAAUACAAGAAACAGCUAUCGGCAAAAGUGAUCAAACAAAAUGCUAAUCUGCGAAAAUGAUGACACGUGAUAUUUAGGCACUUAAUUUGUAUUUUCAUGUCUUUUAUCGGUUUGUGUUUCUGUUACAGCAAGUUACUGGAUUGAACUUUAGACCAAUUGUAUGUGAUCUUACGUGAAAAUUUCAAAACAUGCUCGUGUUCAUGGAAGACUAUUUUCAAUAGAUAACAAAUAAAAGUAUGAAACGCGGCUUGAUUCUAUUUAUUGCAUGUUUGUUUUGUCUUUGACUUUCUUUGUUUUAACAAAUUUUACAGAAUUUUGUGUCAGCAGGAGCUGAAUAUAUUAAAUGUCUUUGACUAUAUGUAUUGAACAAAAAUUUCUAAAAUUACAUGUAUUAUGCUCUUUUUAGAAGUCUAUUUGAAAUAAGAUCAGAUUUUUGCUACCCCUUUUGAAUUUAGAUGUGGUUAAUGGUGGGAUGGAUGAAAUAUAAAUAAACUUGGUAGACAUGUUACUAUAUUUUCUUUUCUAUUCGGUGCUCCACAACUUAUAUGAUGUCAUGUGUGCUAUUCUGCCUGGGAAAUGCAUGUACAAGGCCCACAGCUGCUAACUAGGAAUAGUUUAUGUGGUGGUGGCAUAUUUCUGCUUGCUCUUUAAUGACCAGGCUCCGUAUUCAUAAACAUACUGAAGUCCAUGCAUGAUACUUAAUGAUACUUAACUAAGUAAUUUAAGUAGGUAGAUAAGUAUCGUACGUUGACUUAACUAGGUUUAUGAAUACGGAGCCAGGGGCCUAAUUCACAAAACAUCUCAUCCUUGCCAGGCUUUUUGCUUAGCAUUGUAGGUGGACUUUUGUCUUUUCAGAGUGUAGGAAUCUUGUUUUAAUUCAGUCCUGCCAUUAACAGCUGCUGUAGAGUUGUUAAUAUUCAGAAAUGCAUUUCAAGUUAUUUUAAUCUAAUUAAACUUUCACUUGUUUUGAGGUCAGCAUAUUUGAGAGUGAUUAUUUUGGGCAUAUGUAGUCUAAAAGUCCUGCAUUGUGAAAUUAUUGCAAGAGAUUAGUGAAUUAGAACCCAAGGGCCUAAUUGACAAAGCUCUCUUAAAGCGGCGUUCUCAUGCGAUUAGUCGGCCUGCAAAAAUCAGAAAGCAUAAGACCAAAGUUGUUCAGAUUUAGGAGUUCUCACAGUACAAGUCGAUUGCUUGCGACUAAUCACAUAGUGAGGACACCCCUUAAACAACAUUGCAUUGUGUUUGAAACUUUUUGCAUUGCACCACAAGAUUGUAGUUGUGAGUUCUGUAAAUUGAGCCCCAGGCUGUAACAAUUUGAUUUAAUGACCAUUCAGGGCUAAUUCUGGCACUUGCCAGUUGAGAAUUUUGGAAAUAAUGGGUGAAUUUUAUUUUAAUUUGGCGAAAUAAUUUCAUGUAAUAAUUGUUAUUUUUAAUGAAAAUAACUGGGUUUUUUGCAAUUUUUGAAGUUUAAUAGAUAAUUUUUCUGCAUGCCCAGAGCUAGCCCUGCCAUUGGUUAAAAUUGUUGAGAUAUGAAACAUUCCUUUUCUUUGGUAAUUUACCAACAUUGUCUUUGCUAACACAAUAAUGAAUUAGAGUCGUUAUUAAUCAUUAUUAUUUAUGGCAUUAUAAAUAUAAAAUGUGCCAAACCACUUGACUUACACACAUUGUUAUAUCUAACUCGUUAAAAAAAAAAUCCUUAAAAUAUUAGUGUGGUAUGAAAAAAAUAUUUGUUGACUAUCCGUAUGAUGGAACUGUUACAUUUUUCUUUGUGUUUUUGUUUUUCAUGGGGUGGGUAGGUUGGUUACCAACCAAUUUAUUUAGCCAAACAUUGACGUAUUAUAUUGGUUGAAGCACACCACAAUCGAAUAAAAAAAAUAUGUAUAUAGAGUAAUAUUUAGUGACCGAUAUAGACUUAAAUUUUACAAUGACUGUUUAAACCACAGUGAAGUUACACAACUAAGCCAGCCAAGUCCUAGUCAAAAUUAUAUCCAGCCAUUUUUGCUUAUUACAUAUUAAAAUAAACAUAAAACUUUUUUGGAAGGAAAACAUAAAAACUGAAUUAUGAACAUCAAGAUUUGCCUUUUGUAGAUGAAAACAUUUCAUGUUUCAAAAAGAACUAUGGAUAACAACUCUUUCAAGAUGCCAUUACAUGUUGUGAACAUGCACAAAGGUGCUUAUUCGUGAAAAAAGUUAAUUUAAUAAAAUUAAUUUAAUACUGUUGUCAAAUGUAUAUGUACACAUAUUAUGAAUAUCAUUUUUAUCUAAUCUGCUAGUAAAAACAUUUCAUCUGGUGACCACAACCAAUUGAUACACAAACUAGUAUAUAUUUGUUUCUAUGCCUUUUAAAAAUGUUUACGGUUUUGAAUAUUUAUGAAUAAACAAUUGGUUCAGGUA